GGAGGGGCUCUACACGUGUUCCUGUGCAGCUGAAGCUGUAGCCAUGGAGAAACCUGAGGAAUCCCGUCCUGUGGAGGAACUGUGGAAGUGUGGCGACUGUGGGAAAGGCUUCCGUUUCCUGUCUGCCCUGGAGACUCAUCGGCGCAGUCACACCGGGGAGAGGCCAUUCCCCUGCACCGACUGCGGGAAGGCCUUCAGACAUUCCUCCCACCUGCUAGCCCACCAGCGGGGCCACACGGGGGAAAGGCCCUUCAGCUGCCCAGAGUGCGGGAAGGCCUUCAGCACUUCCUCCACCCUGCUGAGCCACCAGCAUGCCAACACGGGAGAGAGGCUGUUCACCUGCCCUGAGUGUGGGAAGGCCUUCAGGUAUUCCUCCACGCUGCGGACCCACCGGCGUUUCCACACAGGGGAAAGGCUGUUCAGCUGCCCCGAGUGUGGGAAGGCCUUCAGGUAUUCCAUCGCCCUGCGGAGCCAUCGGCGCGUCCACACGGGGGAAAGUCCCUUCAGCUGCCCCGAGUGUGGGAAGGCCUUUACCCGCGUCUCUGCCUUGCGGAGCCACCAGCGGAUCCACACCGGGGAGAGACCCUUUACCUGCCCCGAGUGCGGGAAGGCCUUUACCGACAUCUCCUCCCUGAUGAAGCAUCAGCGGAUCCACACCGGGGAGAGACCGUACACCUGCUCUCAGUGCGGGCAGGGCUUCACCCGCUCCUCCCAACUGCGGAGCCACCAGCGAUUGUCUCCACACCGGGGAAGGCUGUUCUCUGGCCCUAAGUGCGAGAUGGCCUUCAGCAGUUCUUCCCACCUGCUGAGACAACAGUGGGUCCACACUGAAGAGUGGCCUUUCUUCUGCCCCGAGUUCAGGAAGUGCUUUGCUCUUUCUUCCGACCUGCUGGCCCAUUGCUGGGUCCACGUGGGGGAGAGGUCGUUCAGUUGCCCUAAGUGCAGGAAGGCCUUCAGCAGUUCCUCAGCCCUGCUGAGGCACCACUUCUUCAAUGGAGGAGUGGCAGCUGGAGCCCAGGGGUUCAACAACCCCCCGGAACUGGAGGAAGGUCCAAGCACCAAGAAGAGGGGGCAAGGGCUUCAUUCAUUUAUCCACCCUGGUGAUCCACUGGUAGAGUUUCACGAGGAAAAGACCUUUCAUCUGCUUCGUGUGUGGGAAGGAGUUCAUUUAUUUAUCACCCUGGUGACCCACCAGCCGGCUCACACUGGAGAGAGGCCGUUCGCCUGCUCUAAGUGCAUGAACGGAUUCACCCAGUCAUCCGCCUUGCUGAUCCACCAAUAG